UUUGAACUUUUAGAGCAACAUGUGAAGCAUAGUUACAGUGCCAAGAGAACAAUACAUUUCUUGCCGGUUCAGAUUUAAUGUUGUUAAUCUAAUAUUUGAGCAAUCAAUCGUAUUAUAAUGUCGUCCAGGAGAGGUAUUCAUGAGCGUCAAGAUGAAAACAAUUCCGAAUCUCCUACAAGAAGUUUUAAUCAAACUGGCAACGUAAGCUCGCAAAGGGCUAACUUAAGUUCACAAAGUGCGAAAAUACCACACGAAGCAAGCGCAAGUAGUGAGGAAAAUGAAUCUGAAUCUGAAGUUGAAGUCGAAGACGAGCAUAAAAGUCCAACGUCAUCAGCUAAAAAAGUUAACCAACCUUUCUAUACGCACGAGUGUGCUACGAAUGCUGUUCCCAAGCAUCGCCCUCAAAAGGUGGAAGCCUCAAAACAAAAAAUUCAAAGUCCACCAACCAUUGUUGGCAAAGAUAAUGGAGUUAAGCACCGCCCUCAGAAGGUGGAAGCCUCAAAAACAAUAAUUCAGCAUCCACCAACCACUGUUGGCAAAGACAAUGGAGUUAAUCUGAAAUACGUAUUGUAUGCUAUUAUUUCCGUAUUGCCGCUGUUUGCUUGUUGGCAAAUAUUUUUAAAAGAGACUCCUCCGGCGCCGGUGUGGAAAAGCUGCAAUUUUGAUGCACUGCGUAAACAGCAGCCAUUGCAAUCACCGGAAGUGUGGAGCGCACUUAAGACCACCAAUGAAUUGCUGCUGAACAAACUGGCCGAGUCGCCAAAUGUCUUUUUAUUAUUGCACUCGGAUGAGGACAGAGGCGAAAAGCUGCAAAAGCUUAUUGGCGACAUUGCUCUCGAGACAUCAAAAUGUUUUGAUGGCCAGCAACCCAUCGAAAUGGACCUGCAGGACUUUGAGACACAGGAUGAUGAUGACUACGGUUAUCCCAUUGAACAAUACAAAAACAAACUGCAGGAGGGCAACGUCUUUCUCAUCGUUAAUCUCAAUGAUAUUCCAUUGAAUGCGGCCCGUGCUCUGCACACCAUUUGUGAUACGUACAGUCCCAUAGCUCCUGAUGUGGUUAUCUUUUUGACGUUGCACACAGAUCUGCCAACCGCUGGCGGAGUCCCAUCGCACUUGGCCGUUAAAACAUUGAACAAACUGUGGGACAGGAUACCGGACAAUGAAUUGGGCGCUUUAAUAACGCGUGUUACCGAUCAAGUCUUGCUGUUGCAGGGAUAAAUGUCGUUUUAAUUAUUACUAAAUAUACAUUAAAUAUGUUUUUAAAUAACGCUAA